CAUUCGGACUAUUCUCCAAGUCAAGCUCGGACACAUUCGGACUAUUAUCCCUCGCUCUAAAUCCUCUCCGAUUCUAACGGCUCGGUCGCGCACGCGGUCCCUUGCGGUUGUAACUGCAAGAAAAGAGACGAUGCAGUCGUCGAAGAUGCGCCGGAAAGUCGCGCCGGUAACGGCGGACGGCGUCGACUCCGCCGACAAGUUGGAUCAGCUCCUCCUCUCCUCCGCCAUCUGCAACAACGAAGACCUAGGUCCCUUCAUCCGCAAAGCUUUUGCCUCCGGCAAGCCGGAGACCCUUCUCCAUCACCUCCGCCACUUCACUCGAUCCAAAGAAUCUGAAAUCGAAGAAGUCUGCAAGGCUCACUAUCAAGACUUCAUCAUGGCCGUCGACGACCUCCGAUCUCUCCUCUCCGACGUCGAUUCCCUCAAGUCGUCUCUCUCCAAUUCCAACUCCAAACUGCAGUCCGUCGCCGGUCCUCUCCUUUCAUCUCUCGACGCCUUCGUGGAGGCUCGAAACGUAAACCAGAACAUUGCCCUCGCACUCGGAUCGGUUCAGACAUGCGUUCGCCUCAUUGAGCUUUGCGCGAGAGCGAACGUCCAUCUCUCGAGUAACAAUUUUUACAUGGCCUUGAAGUGUGCGGACUUGAUCGAGAGAGAUUUUCUCGAUAAAACGCCGUCGUAUACCUUUCGGAAGAUGCUUGAGAGGCAUAUCCCGGCGAUUCGAUUGUAUAUCGAAAGGAGGAUCAGCAAGGAGUUCGGUGACUGGCUGGUGGAUAUCCGUAUUGUGAGCCGCAAUCUAGGACAGCUUGCGAUUGGACAAGCAUCGUCGGCAAGGCAGAGAGAGGAGGAUCUUCGGAUGAAACAACGGCAAGCCGAGGAACAGAGCCGGCUCAGUUUGAGAGAUUGUGUUUAUGCUUUGCAAGAAGACGAUGAUGACGAACUUGGUGGAAUUGGAGAUGAAGGUAAGGAUGCUUACGGAAACAACAAUGGUAAUGGUGCGUUAGGGUUUGAUUUGACUCCACUGUACAGGGCUUAUCACAUACAUCAGACGUUAGGGCUUGAGGAUCGAUUUAAACAGUACUAUUUCGAGAACAGGAAGCUUCAAUUGACCUCAGACUUUCAGGUGUCGUCAAUGACUCCUUUCCUUGAAUCUCACCAAACGUUUUUCGCACAAAUUGCUGGGUUUUUUAUUGUUGAGGAUCGGAUUUUGAGGACUGGUGGUGGUUUGAUUUCCAAGAUGGAAGUUGAGAAUUUGUGGGAAACUGCUGUUAGUAAGAUGUGUUCCGUGUUAGAGGAUCAGUUCUCUAGGAUGCAGACUGCAAAUCACCUCCUGCUGAUAAAGGACUAUGUGAGUUUGCUCAGUGUAACCUUGCGUAGGUAUGGGUACUUAGUUGAUGCUUUGCUUGAUGUUUUAAGCAAGCAUAGAGAUAAGUACCAUGAACUAUUGUUGUCAGAUUGUCGCAAACAGAUUGCAGAAGCACUUGCCGCUGAUAAAUUUGAACAAAUGUUGAUGAAGAAAGAGUAUGAAUAUUCUAUGAAUGUUUUGUCAUUUCAGAUACAAACAUCAGACAUAACACCCGCAUUUCCUUAUGUUGCACCUUUUUCAUCUACAGUGCCUGAUUGCUGCCGCAUUGUGCGAUCCUUUAUUGAGGAUUCUGUGAGUUUCAUGUCGUAUGGUGGGCAGCUUGAUUUCUAUGAUGUUGUCAAGAAGUAUCUUGAUAGGCUUUUGAGUGAGGUUUUGGAUGAAGCUUUGAUGAAGCUUAUUAACUCAUCUGUUCAUGGAGUGUCCCAGGCAAUGCAGGUUGCCGCAAAUAUGGCUGUCUUGGAGCGUGCUUGUGAUUUCUUCUUUCGUCAUGCUGCACAGCUUUCAGGCAUCCCUUUGAGAAUGGCAGAGAGAGGUAGGAGGCAGUUUCCUCUGAACAAUGCCCGUGAUGCCGCAGAAGUUACACUGUCUGGCUUGCUUAAAACUAAGGUUGAUGGAUUUAUGACAUUGUUUGAGAAUGUUAAUUGGAUGAUUGAUGAACCUCUGCAGAAUGGAAACGAAUAUGUGAAUGAGGUGAUUAUAUAUUUGGAAACUCUGGUUUCUACAGCACAGCAGAUAUUGCCUGCCCAAGUUCUUAAAAGAGUUCUGCAGGAUGUUCUUUCUCAUAUAUCGGAAAAGAUAGUAGGGGCUUUAGUUGGGGAUUCAGUUAAGAGAUUCAAUGUAAAUGCUAUUAUGGGGAUUGACAUGGAUAUUCGGUUGUUGGAAUCAUUUGUGGAUAAUCAGGCUAAUCUUUUCUCAGACUUGGAGUUAAGUCAGUUGAAAACAGCACUUGCUGAGCCAAGACAAUUGAUUAACUUGCUACUAAGCAAUCAUCCCGAAAAUUUUCUGAAUCCAGUAAUCAGGGAGAGGAGUUACAAUACUUUGGACUACAGGAAAGUAAUGAUAAUUUCAGAGAAAUUAAGGGAUCCUUCUGAUCGGCUAUUUGGAUCAUUUGGAGGAAGGAGUCUUAAGCAAAAUCCAAAAAAGAAAUCUCUGGAUGCUCUGAUUAAAAGACUUAAGGAUGUGAGCUGAUUUGGUACAGAUUUGCAUGUUCAAACCAUGUUCUUUCUCCACUAUAUAUGCUUUUUUAUUCUGUUUAGCACCAGCUAUGGUAGUCUUUUCUAACUUUAUUUUUUGUUGAUAUUUACUUCAAUUGCCAUUUUUAUUGUAUCAUAGGGGUGUGCAAUUUUAAUUUGUUUGAAUCAUUAUUAAUUUUUUUGUUUAAAAAUUGAACGAUGUAUGAAUUUUUUUUAAAUCAUCGUAAUGAAUUUGCUUUUCAUUGUAA